AUGCAAUUACGAGAAUCGCCGAGCAAAGAUGAGAAGUUGAAGCAGGUAAUUCCCUCCUCCUCUUCGCCUUCGAGAAAACCUGAUAUAGGGCUGGAGAUGAGCGCCCGUGCGAAGGAAAUCAGGCAGAGAUUAGAAGGCAUCGCUGCUUAUGGGAGGUAUCUGCGCUUGCGCGAGUGCGCGGAGGAUGUGCGUGUAGAGAGAAGAGAGCGGUUGGACUCCUUUGCGUACGAUGAGGAGAUUAUAGGGAGAGAGAAUGCUAAAAGCGCAAUUAUGAAGUUGUUGUUACACUCCGACACCGAUGAACUAAUUUCUUUCCUUUCAAUAUGGAGUGACAGUGGGAUUGGAAAGACGGCUCUUGCUCGAUGUCUCUACGAAGAUGAAAUGGUCAAGAAGCAUUUUGAUCUAAGGAUUUGGGUUAACGACUUCUGUAAUCUCGAAGGGGAAUUGCGAAAGAUCAGAGGAAGAGAGACAACAGAGAGAGAAGAUGACGUGUUGCAAUUGCAAAGAUAUCUCCUAGUUAUUGACGAUCUAGGGCAUGAGGAUGCUCGACGAUGGAGGAGCUUGAAAAGUUUAUGGAUUGGAGGUGCCCGAGGAAGCAAGAUUCUGAUAACUACAUGCCAUCAGUACCUUGCAGAAGCUACGAGUACAUCCCUAUCUUAUAGUCUUGAGGCCCUUCGAACAGAGUCGUCUGUUGAUUUAUUGAUGAAAAUGGCUUGCCAGGAAGAAAAGGAGAUUAGAAAUCCAAUUAAGGUAGAUGUCGGGAGGUGGAUAGUCAAAAUGUGUGAUGGAAUCCCUUUGGCAAUACGAAUGAUUGGAAGUCUAUUAUUCUCCAAGAAAACUGAAGAGGAGUGGUUACAUUUAGAGCGAGAGAUAUCAGGAUUUUCUCUAAAUUCGAUUAGUUUGUCUUUAAUAAUUGAGCUUAGUUAUGAUCAUCUCCCAUCCCAGCUAAAACAGUGCUUUGCCUUCUGUUCAUUGUUUCCCAGAGACUGGGUGAUUAAUAAACAAAAGUUGACGAGUCUCUGGAUGGCAGCAGGAUUUAUCCAGCCCAUAGACAACGUAGGUCAGGAUAUAGAAGAUAUUGCUCAUGACUAUUUCAUGGAUCUACUCAGGAGGAAUUUCUUUCAAGACUGCACUAAAGAUGAACUCGGAAAUGUGAUGUCUUGUAAGAUGCAUCUUUUAGUACAUGACCUAGCACGCCAUGUUGCUGGAACUGAGUAUAAAAAAAUUCAUCAUUCACUGCGAGACAUUGACAGAAGAACUCGUCAUGCAUCAUGGAAUUCAACUUUAAAUUUAUCAGAGGUAGAUCCAUAUAUACACAGAGCAUAUUGUCUGAGGACAUUCAUCAAAACUAGUCAAAGAAAAGGCUUGGGCUGUGAAACUCAAAUGGGUGAAAAAACUCUUCACGAAUUAAUUUCUAGUUUCAAGUUCUUAUGUGCCUUGGAUUUGCAUGACAGUGGUAUUGAGAAGUUGUCAAGUUCUAUUUGUGAGUUGAAGCACCUGACAUUUCUAGAUCUCUCUGAAAAUGAAGGAAUCAUAAGGCUUCCUGAUUCUGUGACAAGAUUGGAAACCUUGCAAGUACUUAAACUCAAUAUGUGUUACAACCUAAAAGAAUUGCCAAGGGACAUAAGAAAAUUGGUCAACCUCAGGCAACUGGAGAUUAGCAACUGUAAUGCCCUAUCUUAUAUGCCACAAGGGAUGGGCGAGUUGACUCUUUUGCGCACGCUAACCGAUUUCAUUUUGCCCGGGGAUGAUUCUUGCCCAAAGAAUUACAGUGGGCUAGGGGAGUUGAACAGGUUAAACAAUUUGAGAGGAAGCCUCAGAAUUGAAGUUAAGGGUGAAAUAAAAUAUGCAGUAGCAGAAUCAAAUGCUGCCAACUUGAAGGAGAAGAAUUCCUUAGUUUCACUAGUAUUAGUGUUUGCUGGAAAAGAAAGUGAUGAAGUUUUACUUACGGAGCUGCAGCCAAGCUUAAAUCUUCGAAGCUUAGAAAUAAGAUGCUAUGGGGGCAAAAGGUUUCCAAGCUGGAUGUCUUGCAUGCCCAAAUUAGUUCAGCUACGUUUGUUUGAUUGUGCAAGAUGCAAUAGUCUUCCAUCACUUGGUGAGCUGGCUAGCCUAAAGCAUUUGGAAAUUGGUGAGCUACCAAUAGCGGAGUACACAGAAAGUGAUAAUCAUACCCUCUCAUCACUUCCUAAUCUGUCUACAUUAAGGAUAUGCAAGAGUCCUAAUUUGGAGCGGAAUCCACCACUUGUGCAUCUCAAGGAGUUGAAACCUCCUAGUUUCCCUUUGGAGCCGUUGCAGAUUUUAGUUGCCACUACUGAACUUGUAAUAGGUAUUGAUGAUCAAACAGUUGCUUUGUCUGAAUUUGAAGUCCUGCAAUGA